AUGCCUCAUUCUAUCAACGGUGAUGUUAAAAUCGCAGUAUUGGGAGCUGCAGGUGGUAUUGGACAAUCACUUUCGCUACUUUUGAAGACCCAGUUAACUAGAGAAUUGCCAAAUCAUCGUCAUGCUCAGUUAGCCCUAUACGACGUCAAUGCUGACGCAGUUCGGGGUGUCGCAGCCGACUUAUCUCAUAUUGAUACAGGUGUUACUGUAACAGGAUAUGAAGGUGAUAGGAUCGGCGAAGCGUUAGAAGGUACGGAUAUCGUCCUGAUCCCUGCAGGUGUUCCUAGAAAACCUGGUAUGACAAGAGAAGAUCUAUUGGUUGUUAAUGCAAAGAUUGUCAAGAGUAUAGGGUCAUCGAUUGCGCAGCAUUGCGAUUUAAACAAAGUGUUCAUUCUACUAAUCUCAAACCCAAUAAAUUCCCUUGUUCCAGUACUCGUUAAGGAACUGGAAUCUAAAUCUCAAGGCACUCAAGUUGAGAGACGUGUGCUUGGUCUCACUAAGUUGGAUUCCGUUAGAGCAAGUGCAUUUUUGCACGAGGUUACGAUUAAACAUGGUCUAAAACCUAAAUCUAAUACUCUUGAUGAUGUUCCAGUAGUUGGUGGUCAUUCUGGUGAAACUAUUGUACCUUUAUUCUCCCAAGCCCCUAAUGGUAACCGUUUAUCACAGGACGCCUUGGAAGCUCUUGUUCAGCGUGUACAAUUCGGAGGCGAUGAAGUCGUUAGAGCUAAAAAUGGUGCUGGUAGUGCCACUCUGUGUAUGGCCCAUGCCGCUUAUACUGUUGCUGCAUCUUUUAUUCCACUUAUCACUGGUCAAAAGCGUUCCAUCUCUGGUACAUUCUAUGUUGCCUUAAAGGAUGCUCAAGGUCAGCCUAUCAACAGUAGCGCUAAGCGUCUUUUGGGCUCAAUCAACGAUUUACCAUAUUUUGCAGUGCCAUUGGAGAUUACUUCUCAGGGUGUGGAUGAAUUAGAUACCAGCGUUUUGGAAAGAAUGACCAAGUAUGAGAGAGAAAGACUCUUAGCUCCUUGUCUGGGUAAAUUGGAAGGUGGUAUCAGAAACGGUUUGAGUUUGUGA